AUGCCCAAUAACAGAAUGUAUUUCUGGACUCUGAUCAUCAAAAUAAUUUUCUUAUCACUAACUACAGUAGGAAUUCUUGGAAAUUUCUCCGUGUUUCAUUACUAUCUGGUCUGCUAUGGACACUGCAAAUUAAAGACUGUAGAUUUGAUUCAUGUGCACCUGAUGGCAUCCAACACCCUGAUCAUUCUCUCUAAAGGAGUGCCCCACACGAUGGCAGUUUUUGGUUUGAAGCACUUUUUAAAUGAUAUUCACUGCAGAUUAAUUUUGUACAUUGAAAGAGUUGGACGCAGAGUGUCCAUUGGCUCCACCUGCCUCUUGAGUGUCUUCCAGGCUGUCACCAUCAGUCAGAAGGAAUCCUGUUGUAAGGAUCAAAAAUUCAAAGCUGCUAAGUACAUUGGCUGCUCCAUUUCCCUUCUCUGGGUCUUGUACAUAUUAAUACAUUUCAUUUUCUUUGUGAAUCCACUCAUCAAAAGGUCUAGUAACAAUGUGACAGGAAAACAAGAUUUUGGGCACUGCUCUAUUGCAGGGCAAGAUGGAAUCAAUGAAUCACUCUAUGCAGCAUUGGUGGUGUGCCCUGAAAUCUGCUUUUCAUUGCUCAUGGUCUGGUCUAGUGGCUCCAUGAUUGUCAUUCUGUACAGACACAAGCAGAGGGUUCAGCACAUCAGUAGCACCCAUGGUUCCAGCAGAACCUACCCUGAGUCCAAAGCCACCCAAAACAUCCUGGCACUGGUGUCUACCUUUCGAUUUUAUACUGUCUCUGCUAUCUUACAAGGCUGUGUGGCUCUUUUGUCUAAUCCUAGUUGGUGGCUGGUGAACAUCACUCACCUAAGUUCUCUAUGUUUUCCUUGUUUUGGACCCUUUGUUCUUAUUAAUCAUUACUCCAUGAUUUCAAGACUCAGUUUGGUCUUGAUGAGGAAUAUAAACUCAGUUAUUCUUAAAUAA